UUACCCUAGGGCCGUAAAGAAAUGGGAGAAAGACAAAAGACUCCCUCCUUCCACUGCAUCAUCAACGGCCUCUACCACCUCCUCUUCAGGGACAACCUCGAUAUCUAGUAGGGUAACUAACCGCCCAAUACAUUGGGUAUUAGCUCACCAAAAGAAAAUGCCUGACGGGACGUGGGAUGUUGAUCCAAAUGAGCCUGAUACACAACGGAUUGUCUCUCUAGUUAAUGAGAAUUUGGAGCAACAAAACAAACAACAAGAGGAAGGGACAUUUGUUCCAGAACGAGCUGUUGAUGCAUUAACAAAGGCUCUUGGAAAGCCUGACCGUCAUGGGCAUGUCAAAGCGCUCGGUGGUAAUGUUGGGUACGAAAAGGCAUUUGGACCACUAGAUAGAAAGGCAAGAAUGGCGAGUCAAAGUGUUUGUUCCUCCGAAGAGUUAGAUGCAUUAAGGUCUUCCUUGACCCAAUUUGAGGCCACAUUUGAAGAAAGAUUGCAAGAACGGGUGGCACAAGAAGUCCAAAAACAUGUUAAAACCAUGAUGGAACAAAUGAGUGGUCUACACAUGCCUAACUUAGGCACACCUAACUUAGGCACGCCUAACUUAGGCACACCUAAGUAUCACACCAACGUGACAAAUUCAUCACUACCAUUCCGUGAAAUAAAGGUAAAUAAUGUUGUUUUUGUAAUUAGUACAUGUAAAAUAAAUGUAUUUAUAAAACUUUUGUUACUUGAUCAUUGA